AUGCCAUCCAGCAAGUACCUCGCCGUGUCGGCAGCGGCUCUGGCCGGCCUUGCACAGCUCGCCUCUGCACAAACCAACAUCACUGCCAGCGCCUGUGCUGCCGAAUCCGUCUACUCAGACUGUAACCACAAUGUUGCCGACAAAUGGCGCUCCUGCAUCAACAACUGCAACGGCAAUGGCGACUGCAUUGUAGACUGUGGAUGUACCGCACACCAAGAGUAUAUCAAUUGCAUGGCACACUCCUGCUGGAACCAGGUCUACUCCUGCGAAUACCAACUUUUCGUCCAGCAAUACUUUGCCGUAUGCCCCAGCGCCACAGAACCAAUUCCCUUCUGGCCAGCUCCAGACGAUGCCCCGAAUCGCUGCUCCUGCAGUCUAGGCAAGGUCCUCACAAAUACUCUCUCCGCGCGCAAAGCCCAAAUCUCCUGCGUCGAGAACAUAACCAGCCAAGCUCUCAACAAUAUCCCCGACCUCUCAAAUCUAGGCAACAUCCCAGAUAUCGCACGAACAGCAACGGACUGUGCCUGCUGCGGUGCUAGUGCUAGCAUGUCUGCCGCAUGGCAAGUCUGCCCAAAUACAGUCCCCACCCUCGCCGGCGCAAACCUCUGGCCCCUCUUCUUCCCCUCCAACCUCCCAAACCUCUACACCUCCAUCCCAGAUUUCACCUGGUCAACCUGCGACUCCACUCUAUCCUCUACCGACUGCGCAAACCUCGGCUUCUCCGACGAAGACAACAAGUUCUACAAGCCGGGUGACUUCCCCAAGAAUGGAACUUCGACGCUGCAUAAUGUUGCAGGGACAGUUACAGCACCGCCCAGCGGGACGGUGAUUACUUGGUCGCAAGCUUCGGCGACCUAUACUGUUACGGCGACGGGCUAUGAUCGGAAGGUUGUUGUUAGUGGGACGUCGAGUGGGGGUGGGGGUGGCAGUAUGAGUGUCAGUGGGAGUGGGAGUGAGGCUGGUGUUACGGCGACUGCUAAUUCGGCGGUUGCGAAUGGGGUUGGCCAGGGUGUUGGGUUAGUUGGAGGUUUGCUUGGGUUAGUUGUUGGCGGAUUGUUGGCGAUGUAA